AUGACAGAGAAUGCAGUGACCUAUGAUGAUGUGCGUGUAAAUUUCACUCCGGAUGAGUGGGCUAUCCUGGAUCCUUUCCAGAAGAAUCUCUACAAAGAAGUGAUGCUAGAUACCUAUAAGAACCUCACUGAUAUAGGCUACAAUUUGAAAGACCAUAAUAUUGAAGAGCCUGAUCAAAUUUCAACACAACAUGGAAGGUAA